GGGCCGUAGCUCCGUGGGGGCUUGUGGGUGCGCGCGCAUUCGCCGGGGAAAUUAGCCAGAGCCGUCAUGGCCGCCGCCUGCUGGAGGGCCCUCGCUAGGGCGUCCGCCGCCCGGCCCGGAGCGCGCUGCCGGUGCUUCUCUUCCUCUGGACUUCUGAGGGCUAACAGUGGAGAACCUAAAAAAUUUCAGCCACCUCCAAAGCCAGUUAUUGUUGACAAACAUAAAGAGGUAGUAGAGAGAAGGUUCUUGAGUCCUGAAUUUAUUCCCCCCAGAGACAGAACAGAUCCUCUUAAAUUCUAUAUUGAAAGAACUGACAUGAUACGAAGGCGAAAAGUGCUCGACAUUCCAGAGUUCUAUGUUGGAAGCAUCCUUUCUGUUACCACAGCAGAUCCAUAUGCCAGUGACAAAACCAGCCGUUUUGUAGGAAUUUGCAUUCAAAGAGGAGGAAAAGGACUUGGUGCUACCUUUGUGCUUCGGAAUAUUAUAGAAGGGCAGGGUGUUGAGUUUUGCUAUGAACUGUACAAUCCUCGAAUCCAGGAGAUCAAGGUUUUGAAGCUGGAGAAGAGACUAGAUGACAACCUGAUGUAUUUACGGGAUGCUUUUCCUGAAUAUAGUACUUUUGAUGUGAACAUGAAACCUGUGCCCCAUUCAGCUAAUGAUGAAAUUCCUGUAAACCAGCUGAAGGUCAAAAUGAAACCUAAACCCUGGACAAAACGUUGGGAACGGCCAAAAUUUAACAUUAAAGGAAUCCGCUUUGAAUUACCUGAAGAAAUGAUGAAAGAAGCACAAAAGUGGAGCCAGCCCUGGAUAGAAUUUGAUAUGCUGCGAGAAUACGAUACUUCAAAAUUAGAGAAGGAAAUAUGGAAAGAAGUGAAUGAAGAGCUAAAAAAAUGAUACUGCUUUUAUAUGGAGAUUACUGAGGAGGGAGGCCCUCUGAAUUUUUAAUAUACAAUUCAAUUGUGUAAGACUUGUGUACAAUAAAGUUAUUUCAAAAACGUA